UGCAGGACAAACCAUCCACUCUUUAGCUUUGUUGUCCACAUCGAGAUUUAACAAUUUACUAAAACACAAGUGUGCACGUUUAAUAUAAAAAAGCAAAGGAUAUGCUCUGACUGAAUUAAACACGCCACUAAAGAGAGACAUUGCUCUGCGGCACAAGUCACUCCUGCAACCAUGUCGGGAGUUAAAAGGAAAAUAGAGGGCAAUGACCCCGACUAUGAUGACAUUUCGCUGGUGCAAAAUAAUAAAAGAAACAAAGCUGCUGAACAUAAUGCCCGAGAAGCAACAGUACAGAAGAUAGACUCGAUCAUAAGGGAGCAGUUUUCUUUGGAGAUGAAGAAUAAAGAGCAUGAGAUAGAUGUCAUAAGUCUGAGACUCAAUGAAGCCAGGAGGAUGAUGGACAAGCUAAGGGCUUGCAUAGUGGCCAAUUACUAUGCCAAUGCUGGCGUUACAAAGCUUUCAGAGCAUUCUACCAAGAGCGACCCUGCCGUGUUGAACCAUCCAGCCAUCCGCCGGUUCCUGGAGUCUCCUUCCCGUUCUUCUUCCCCUCUCAACCAGGGUUCUGAGACUCCUUCUCUGGCCCACUCAGAGUCCGAGUCCCUCUCACAGCAAGGUGACGGUGCUGAUGUAGAAGGAGAGGGCUCAUGGAGAGAGGACGGCAGCAGGCAGGAGCGCAGACCUGGACGCAAUACAGGCAAGGACACAUUUGGUGUGCCAAUGUCCGUUGGUGCGGAGCAGAGGGUGACCUACCAUACUACUGGGAAUGAGGCCUCUAGACUCUAUGCAAAGAAGACAAUCGUUGUCGGAAAUGUGUCCAAGUACAUUCCCCCAGAUAAGCGAGAAGAAAAUGACCAGUCUACCCAUAAGUGGAUGGUGUAUGUUCGGGGCUCCAGGAGAGAACCCAGCAUUGAUCACUUUGUGAAGAAAGUCUGGUUCUUCUUGCAUCCAAGCUACAAACCCAACGACCUGGUGGAAGUCAGUGAGCCGCCCUUUCAUUUAACACGUCGAGGUUGGGGAGAGUUUCCUGUGAGGAUCCAGAUCCACUUCAAAGACCCUCGCAACAAACGUAUCGACAUCAUCCACCAGCUAAAGCUGGACAGGACAUACACAGGACUGCAGACACUUGGGGCAGAAACUGUGGUUGAUGUGGAGCUCCAUAGGAACUCUCUUGGGGAUGACUACAUCCCUCAGCCCUCUUCCUCCAAGGUGACUCGCAGAGCAGCCAGCCCCACGUUGGCCUCCUCAAUGCCCCAAAGUUAUGGACGCCCCAGUUCUCCCAUAUCACAUGAUCCCAGUGCAGACAAAGCUUUUAUCAAGGCAGAGGCAGGAAGGUCUGCAGGCGGCCAUAGCUCCCUCCUCGCCGCAGGUGAACGUACCCCAACCCGCCCCAAAGUCAGUGACAGGAUCACUCUGGGUUCCCCUGGCAAUUCAGCCUUCCAGCCGAUCACAGCAAGCUGUAUUGUCCCACAAGGACAGCCACCAAGCCCCACCGAGUCUCCUGGGAAAUCGUUCCAACCUAUCACCAUGAGCUGCAAAAUAGUUUCAGGGUCUCCCAUCUCCACCCCAAGCCACUCCCCUCUGCCUCGCACCCCCACCACCUCUACCCCGGUCCACAGCAAGCAGAGCUCUUCGUCAGUGCUCAACAACCCUUACAUCAUUGUCGACAAGCCAGGCCAGGUGAUCGGCAUGACUUCCUCAUCCGCCACCUCCGCAGGAAGCCCCUCAGCCAAACAGUCUGCUGCACAUGGCUCUCGCUCUCCGGCCCCUAAAGUUCACACUGGCACCUUCCUCUCCUCAGGGAUGAAGGUUAUUAUUAAGCAGGAGCCUGGGGAAGUUUCCACACAGCAGCAGCAGAUGGUUUCCACAGUAACCAGCCAGCAGCAACCUGCUGCUACAGCAGCUCACCAGUUUGUCGCAGUGAAGGGAGGUCACAUGAUCUCCAUGUCGGCUCAGAAACAGGCAGGAGGGCCCGUGGGAGCCACAACUGGCAAGAUGUUAGGCAUCCCUGUUAGCUCCACACUCCAGUCUGCGGUCAAACAGGUGGCCAUCAGCAGCGGACAGAUUCUGGUUGCCAAGGGUAACCCCUCUGUCUCCAAGGUGAUGAGUGGGAAACAGGUUUUGGCUCAAGGUGUCGCUAAAGCCAUCGUCAGUGGAGCAGGAAGCAUCUCUGGUCAGCAAGCUGCUGCAAAGGCAGCUGGAGGUUCAGCUGGCAAGAGUGGAGUGAUGGCCACGCUUCAGCUGCCAGCCAACAACCUGGCCAACUUAGCUAAUUUGCCUCCAGGAACAAAGCUCUACCUAACCACCAACAGUAAAAACCCCUCGGGGAAGGGAAAGCUGCUUCUCAUCCCUCAGGGAGCCAUCCUCCGUGCCUCCAGUGCAGGUCAGCAGUCCCAGAGCAGCUCGUCAGCAGGCGCUGGGGGCUCUCAGACUUCCUCCUCUUCCUCUUCAAGCAGUCUGCCUUCAAACCUCUCCUACACUUCCUACAUCCUCAAACAGACCCCACAGGGAACAUUUCUGGUCGGCCAGCCAGCUGCGGGUUCAGGGAAGCAGGGAGCCUCCAGUUCAGCAGGUCACGCAGCAUCAUCUCCAGCAAAUGUUACCCAGCAGGCCAUUCGGGUGACAGCUGGUCAGAAGGCGGCCAUCCUGGCUCAGGUGGUGGGCGGCUCCCAGGGUACACAGGUGAAGUUAUCUGACGGCUCGGUGAAGACGGUCACAGCGGCUGCAGCAGGUCACUUGUCCAAGCCGGGGACGACUACAUUGAGGAUGACAGGCGGAGUCAUCACUGCUGCUAGCUCCACCCCCAGCUCUGUGAGCGCUGCAGCAGCUGCAGCAAGCCUACAACAGGCUGCAGAUGCUGGAAAGUCUUCCUCUCAGCACCACUCUCUCCUGGUGGCAGCAAACCAAGCAGCAGUAAUCAGUGCAGCUAAGAGUGCCAGUGCGGCCGCCGGAGGCAGCCUGUCCAAGGCGGCGGUGGCUACCUUGGUGAAGGGUGUUGGCAGCUCUGCCACCAUGACAAAGGGUGCCACGAGUUCCACAGGGGCUGUGGUUACAGUUUCCAAGGGCAUUACCAACAUGCCAGUCAUCAGCAUGUCCAAGGGUGCAGGGGUGGGGACAGUGGUGGGUGUACCUAAAAGUGGCGGCACGCCUUUGGUCACUGGAGCUUCAUUAGUUGGCGGAAUGGCGGCAGGAGGAGGGAAGACAGGUAUGUUGAAGAUCCACUCUGGAGGAUCCAGCUCCCAGCAGACAGUCCUAACCAUCCCUGCCAACCAGCUCAAGCAGCUGGCAGUGGGUACAGGCUCUGGAGGGCUGCAGACCAUACUAAUGCCAGUGGGGAAAGUGGUGUCUAAAGGCCCAGUCUCCAGUACUGCUUCUCCCUCAUCCUCCACUCUCCCUGGGGCGACUGGAGCUGGAGCCUCCCCAAGUCCUGUCAGCCGCGCGUCCCCCUGCCUUGCACUGCCUCUGGCACAAGUAAAAACAGAGCCAGGUGCUGGCACAGCUGUCACAGCUGCUCCGUCGCCCCCAGUGACCGCUCCUGUCCAUGUUGCCUCUGCAUCUACCACAGUCAAGCAAGAGCAAGGAGCAGAUAACGCUGCACAUGACCUGAUCAACACCGAGCACAUAGAGACCAUGAUGCAGCUGUUGACACAUGUGGUGAAGAAGUUCCCCCUGAUUGUGCCCGAAAAGACUGAAGACUCCCAUCCAUUCUGUGCCGCUUCAACAGAGCAGUAUUAUUCCUGGAAUAUUGGCAAGCGCAGAGCGUCAGAGCUUCAGCGAGCUGUGGCUGUAAAGCGUGUUGUCCAGGAUGUAUUGGACCGCUCCCCCCGGCUGCAAGCCCUCACUCCCCCCAAGACCAGAGAGGUGGUGCAGUGGUGUCGGCAAAGGGGCUACACGCCGCCUGACCUCGAGCCUCAGCGCAGGACAGACGACGAGUCCAUCGAGGACAUCCUCACGCAGAUCGACAACGAGCCUGAGUGCCCAACGACCCUGAGCAGCUGCGAGGAACUGGUGCUGCGGCUGGAGCAGAUGCAAGCUCUGCUGAAGACCGAACCCGAGGAGGCAGACAACGAGAUAGUAGACAUAGUCACCGUCACUCCUCCCUGCCAGAAACUGAAGGUCAAAGAGGAGGAGCAGGAGGCCGACGUGGAGCCAAAAUUCUUCCUGGGCCCCUGCAUGUCAUCUCAGUUUGUCAGUGAAACAGCUCAGCAGAUUGGUGUAACCUUCCAGCCGGUUGAGGUGGAGAAGAACGUGUUUGCUCCUGUUUUAGAAGCCAUGAUUCUGAAGGCUACCGAACAGUUUGCCAGUGACGUCCUGAGAGAAGCGCUGGCUGGGGCCUACGCCAAAUCCCCUCAGAACAGGGCUCCAAGAGAGAUCUCAGCCAUGAACAUCCACCAGGCGGUCAGUAGCAUCCCCACCUGUGACUUCCUCACCAACACACACAUGGGUUACAUGUCUAAAGAAAACUGAGGCCGAAUGGAGAAAAGCUGCUUCUUACAGAGAAUCCACCACAAGAAGAUUCACUUCUGGAUGUGGGCUUAGGUUGUGCAGUAAUAACUCGUGUCUUGCUUCCAGUCACCUGGUCACAGCAAGGGCUCUGCUCCACACAGCAGCAGAAUGACAAAUGUUUCUUAUACCUGAGGUAUAUUUUAACAUUUAUCUCCUAAUGUAUCGUGUGAAAAAGCACAAUGGGACCCAUGUUAAUUGAUUUGAGAGGCUGACGUGCUCUCACCUCAGAACAAGUUUUAAUUAUGAAAGUUUUAACUUACAGGGCUGAAUAAUAACAUCAGGCAGCUGUCAUGUCUCCCUGAACUGGGAGCAAGUUUACCAGCUAAAGUAGAAAAAGAACAGAAAUGCAGCAAAUGGGACACCCUGAUGAACAUGUGAGUGUUGGAAGUCGUGCAGAAACAGACGCUCUUUCAAGUUUCAGUCACCUGGCAGAGGUAAUUACGGCUCAUAGUGCUGCUGUCUGAGGCCCUUCGGAAGAAAGUAACUGACUCAUGUUUCUAAUUUCUAAGUUGCAGACAGAUCAUGUCACUGAGAUCUUCAUCAAGUGUGUUUGGAAAAGUCACGUCUGUUUAGGUCAGUGAAAGGAAUCAUACUGUCACGAGUUCAAGAAAUGACUCUCAAUAUUUAUCGUCUCUUCUUCAUGAACCGGGUUUGGCAUCCAGUUGAAAGUACUUUUAAGUGUUCUGUUAAACAGCCAUAAUGUAUCAAUCAUGAAAAAUAUGACCAAUAUGAAAUGGAUGGUGUUGUCAAAUCCUGUUUAGUUUUUUUAAGCUUGUAUAAAUAAGAACAUUAACAUUGCGCUAACAACAGUGAGUGUGUAUGAAUAUGUGUGGGAUACCAGUGGAUGUAGUCAGUACAGAAUGAAAAGUGUGUGUGUGUGUGUGUGUGUGUGUGUGUGUGUGUGUGUGUGUGUGUGUGUGUGUGUGUGUGUGUGUG